CAGCACAUUGUAGCUCGAUUGUAUAAGUGCCGGUUUACUAUUUCUCAUACUCAUUUUUUUAACUGUAUAUGAUUCAGUAAAAAAGAGUCGAUUCAUUGCUGUGCUCGCUCGCAAUCAAAGCGGACGCAAUAAGCGUUAUUUUAUCGUGUUUAGUGCUGAUAUUUAUUACAUUUUUAAUAAAAGGAAAAAGUUAAAAAGUUUCAACAAAAAGAAGUUUAAAAUUUGCCAAAGGAUUUUAAUUCAGAAAAGACUUAAAAAUAGGAGAAGAAAAUGGCUGGUGGCGGUGAAGUUCCGGCGAGAGGAAAUAUAAUUCCUCUCAUCCCCGCUCGAUAUGUAUUAUCUGUACUUAGUUCAAUUGGUAUGGCUAUUAUCUAUGGACUCAAAGUCAAUUUAUCUGUUGCAAUGGUGGCAAUGGUCAAUCAGACAGCAAUUAAAGCGACUGGUGGAGGUGACCCUCAUGGACCGUCAGUAACACUUUCAAAUUAUACAAAUCCAGAAGAAUGUGAGGCUGAGCCACUUAAACAUGGAGCCACUGGUGACCAAGACGGUCCAUUUUUGUGGGAUGCUGGCAGUCAGGGUAUUAUUUUAUCAUGCUACUUUUGGGGCUAUUUUGUAUCACAAAUCCCUGGAGCAAAAGUUGCUGAAUUGUUCUCUGCUAAGUGGGUCAUGUGGUUUGCUGUCGCUAUCAAUGUUGUGUGUACACUUUUGACUCCAGCUGCUGCAUAUCUUGGUGUAUGGCCUGUUGUAAUAAUGCGUGUACUUGAAGGUAUUGGCGGUGGUGUCACUUUCCCAGCUGAGCACACUCUUAUCGCUGCCUGGGCUCCACCACAAGAAAGAUCAACAAUCUCAUCAAUUAUUUAUGCAGGAACUGCCCUUGGUACAGUUAUUUCUAUGUUAAUGGCUGGAAUGCUAGCUGAAUUUUUCGGAUGGUCGUCAAUUUUCUAUGUUAUGGGCGGUUUGAGUUGUAUAUGGCUCGUGUUAUGGAUCAUCUUUAUUCAAGAUUCACCAAACAAGCAAGGAUUGAUUGACCAAGCAGAACGUGACUAUAUCAAUACAUCACUUGGAAGUAGCAGUGGUCAUCAUGUUGCAAGAAAAACUCCAUGGAAACAAAUUUUCACAUCAGGACCAUUCUAUGGCAUUUUAGUAGCUCAUUUCUGCAACAAUGUCGGCUGGUACAUGCUUCUUAUUGAACUACCAAUUUACAUGAACGGUGUUCUUAAGUUUGCAAUUAAGGAAAAUGCCAUUUAUACAGCAACACCAUUCUUAACAUUGUGGUUCUUCAGUAUUUUCAUUAGUAAGACAUUAGACGGUUUACGCGCAAAAGGAGCCAUAUCAACAACAACAGCCAGAAAAAUAGCAACAAUGUUUGCGUCUAUCAUACCAAUGUGCUGUUUAUUGGCUUUAUGCUUUAUUGGAUGUAAUAAAAUGGCAGCUGUUGUCAUUGCUGGCAUUGGCGUUACAUCUAUUGGUGCCAUGUUUUCAGGCUUUCUGUCCAAUCACAUUGAUAUUGCACCAAACUUUGCAGGGAUACUUAUGGCAGUUACAAACACAAUGGCGACAAUUCCCGGAAUUACAGUACCUCUUUUUGUUGGACAAUUGACAAAGAAAGAUCCCACAAUCGCAUCAUGGAGAAUCAUUUUCGGUAUCACGAUUGCUCUCUAUGUCGUUGAAAUUUUCACAUACUUGGCACUCGGAUCAGGCGAGGAGCAGCCAUGGAAUAAGUCAGAAGAUGAGAAAUCUGGCCCAGAAAUGACACCACUUAAAGACAAAGCACAAUCAGAUUACAAAACUAAGGAGGAUGCAUAGUGUGCAUAAAUUUAAAUUAAUUAGUAAAAGCAUUUGUUAUUGGCUGGGGCACUCUUUUGAGCUGCUCAAAUCUCAAAGUUUAAAGAUUCGAAAAAUGACAAAAAUGUUGAAUUAUUUUUUUGGAAUUGUAUGGUUUUGGAUAAUUGACGUGUAAAACUUCACAAUUUAUAUCGUAAAACUGUACAAAUUCCAGUAAAACAAUUCAACAGCAUUCAAAAUAAGAAGUAUCAGGACAAUACAAAUUUAAGCAACUAUCCGUCAACAAUAAUUACUUUGCAUCUCAUACAAUGUCAAAUAGGACGUAAAGUUAACAAGAACACAUGCUUUAAUUAAAAUACAAAAUUAGCAAGUUGUCUGUCAAUAACUAGUGUCUCAGCCAAAAUUGCAAAUUGAAUCAAUCACAAGAUGAAAAAAAAUACUUACUGUUAAAUAAUCGUACAAUAAUUUGUCAUGCUUUGUUUUAAAGGAUUUAUGAUGAACAUGAGAUUUUUAUGUUGUAGGCUUUAUACAUAUUCAUAGUGUUCUGUAACUUAUGUUCAUUUUAUUGAUAUUUCGACACAUCACUUUCGAUUUAUUUUAUUUGAUUUUUAAUUCUAUACAAUUGAUCGGAAGUGAUUUUAUAAAUGACUAUAAUUAAGCAAUUUAAAUGUAAUUUUAGUUUAUUCUGAACCGCAAAAACGAAUAAUUCAUCAUUAAAUGUCCAUAAAUUGCCCAAAUUUCAUUUUUUAGGUAGUCAAAAAGUGAGGGAAAUCAAUGUCUGAUGGAAAAUAUAGACUUGAAGGUGAUCAGACACAAGAUACAGAAUGCAUAUUUUCUAAAUGAGAGAUAUUUAAACCACAAAAAUAAAAUUCUAUAAGACUAAAAA